AGAACAAUAAAAAAAAAAAAAGAGUCACAAACAAGGCUUUUAUUAUAUAACAAAGAUUAAGUUGUUUGAAAAUUUCCAUCCUCAGCUCAUAUAUAAAAAUUUAGCCACUAAACCCCCCCUUUUGUUUUUGUGUGUCUAAGUCUACAAAAAGCCCCUCUGUUUCAUUUUUCCCCACCACCAAAAACUUGGGAAUUGAAAUUGAUCAAUUCCCCCAUCAUCAAAUGGAACUGCCACCUGGAUUCCGAUUCCAUCCGACGGACGAAGAGCUCAUCACACACUACCUAUCCCCUAAAGUCCUCUCCUCCACCUUCUCAUCUCCGGCCAUCGCCGAAGUGGAUCUCAACAAAUGCGAGCCCUGGGAUUUGCCAGGGAGGGCUAAAAUGGGGGAAAAAGAAUGGUACUUUUAUUGUGUGAGAGAUAGGAAGUAUCCAACGGGGUUGAGGACAAAUCGAGCAACAGCAGCAGGGUAUUGGAAGGCAACAGGGAAAGAUAAAGAGAUAUUGAAAGGGAGAAAUAAUGAUAAUAAUAUUGUGGGGAUGAAGAAAACUUUGGUGUUUUAUAAAGGAAGAGCUCCAAGAGGACAUAAAUCUAAUUGGGUGAUGCAUGAAUAUCGAUUACAUUCCAAUAAUCAUUCUUCUUCUUCUUCUUCUUCUCCUCCUCCUUAUUCUCAACAUCAUCUUCUUCCUACUAGUUCAUCAUCUCAGACGAAGGAAUGGGUAAUAUGUAGAAUCUUCCAGAAGAGUGAGAGCUCAAUGGCAAAGAAAGGAAACGAUGAAAUAAUGAUGGCAGAGAGUUCAUCCUCUUCCUGUGUUCAUCUUCUUCCUCCAUUAACGGAGGAGUCAGAUGCUGCUAAUUUGCACGUGACCUGCUUCUCCAAUUCAACGGAGAUGGAGGAGUACGAUUAUCAUCAAAACGACGACGCUUUCUUUUGGUUGCCGGAUUUUCAAGAGAUUAAACAAACCCAAUUCUUUUCUACUACUACUACUACUAAUAAUAAUAAUAAUAAUAAACCGGCCUCUAAUUAUGACCAAUACCAACUUCAUCCAUCUCCUCCUCCUCCCCUUUGGAAUUACUAAUAUACGUAUUCUUACUUUAAAUUAUUAUCUUUCUUUGUAUGUAUGUGUAUAUACGUAUAAUCCUUUUCUUGUUUUUAGUUUAAAUGAUUUUCCGACUAUGUUAUUUGGUGUGGUUUUGUCGAGUUUAAUACUCAUGGAAUGAUAUAUCCGAACAGUUGAUUUUUGGAAUGCAAAAUGUGUAUUACAUUGUAUAA